AUGGCGGAGCCGGCGGAGCUGCAGCAGGAGUCGGUAGUGCGGUUCCUGGCGGAGCGGGGCGGGCGGGCGCGCAACGCGGAGCUGCUGGAGCAUUUCCGGGACUGGCUGAACCCCGCGGAGCCCGCCCGCCGUGCCGCCGCUCGGCACCGCUUCAAGGAGCUGGUCAACGCAGUGGCGACCGUGCGCCAGGAGCCCGGCACCGGCGUCAAGUACGUGCACCUCCGCCGCCGGUACUGCGCCCCGGAGCCCCCCGCCUCUGCCGCCGCCCUGACCCCCGGGGAGCAGGAGCCGCCGGCAGCGAACAGCGCGGAGCAGCCGCGYCCGCCGCCCUCCCCGCGGGCAGGCGCUGAGGAGACGCCGCCCGGGGCGGUGGAGGGAGCCCCCGGGGCGGCGGCGCAGGGCGGCGGCCGCCGGAACAUGCGGGAGGCAGCGCGGGGCAGCUCUCCCCAGCUGAAGCGCGGCGCCCUCCCCGGCGGGGGCCGCGGCCGCGACUCGGACAGCGUCUCCGUGGCCUCGUCCUCCGCCGAGGAGGAGGGGAGCACCACCGGCUCCGUGGCACUGGACCCCCUGGAGCACGCCUGGAUGCUGUCGGCCUCGGACGGGCGGUGGGAGAGCCUGGAGGGGCUGCUGAGCUGCGAGCCGGCGUUGUUCUGCAAGCGGGACUUUAUCACUGGCUUCACAGUGCUGCACUGGGCCGCCAAGCACGGGCGGCAGGAGCUGCUGGCCACGCUGGUCAACUUCGCCCAGCGGCACGGGCUGCCCGUGGACAUCAACGCCCGCACCAGCGGCGGGCACACGGCGCUGCACAUCGCCGCCAUGCACGGCCACACCGAGGUCGUCAAGCUGCUGGUGGGAGCCUACGACGCCGACGUGGACAUCCGCGACUACAGCGGGCGCAAGGCUGCGCAGUACCUGCACCASGGCACCUCGGGGGACAUGCGGAGCCUCGUGGGGGCCCAGGAGGAGGAGGAGGAAGAGGAGGAAGGGAAUGCUGGCAAUGGGAGCGGACGCUGGAGGCUCUCCAAGGUGUUGCCGUCCAAUCUCAUGAACUACCGUCACUCCCACCACCAUCACGGCACUGGGGAGGAAGCUGAAGGCACCGAUGGGGCAGCGGUGCCGGGCAAAGGCAAGGAGAUGACCAGGAAAGCCUCUGGCAGCGGACGGAUGAAGCCUCGACUUAAUAAGAUCCGCUUCAGGACUCAGAUCAUUCACAACACGCCUUCCUUUCGUGGUGACACAGAGGAGGAAGAGCAUGAGGAGAAAUCCCUGAAAUCAUCAUUCAAGCUCAGGCCGAAGUCCAAUGUGUUUGGAUAAGGCCGGGGAGCAGGAGGUCUGGGAGGUGGAUGCACGGACCAAAGUGCCCUCAGGUGUAGCGCAGGAGGUGAGGCAGGUACGAGUGGGUGCUCUUCUACACUCGUGGACUCUGGCCAGAUGGGUCCUGAGUAUCUUGCUUUAACUCUCAGUUCAGUGUGGUCAGUGAGCCCAGCAGGUCAGCRGGGCUCUGGGAGCUCACAGCUCCUGAGAGCAGCUGCUUCAGUGCUGAAAUGGGAGGCAGCAGGUGGGUUGAGAAACGCUGGAGUGUUUAAAAGCUGUGCCCCUUUCUCUCUAAAAGCAGGUUUUGUGAUCAUUAACCUGUUAGUGGAUCUACUAGGAUUAGCAAGGUGAGUGGGGGAAAGAAAAGUGCAAAUGCUUUACUCUUAUAUUAUCAAUUGGUACUAUAAACUAUUAGCAAACAGCUUGCUAUGUCACAAGACCAUCUCAGUAAUAUACAAGUAUACCUUAAGUUUCUCUUUAACAGCAAUACCAGCUGGUGCAGCGUGGAGCUGGAUACACAAAAUGAGAUGGUAGAGAAUUGUUUUCUGUCAGAGUCCGAGCUUCAAUCCAUCAAAGAGUUGAGCCUGUGUUGACUUUAUGCAUUGAAAAUUGCCUGAUUUGACGUCAUAAAUAUAUAUUUUUUUUAAACCCAUUGCACUGCAAGCAAUGAAUAAAGUUAACCAUGCGCAGAAGUCUUUGCUGUCGGAGGUACUACUGAGCUUGCUUAUCACUGUUGGAAUACUAAUACAAGAUAAUAGAAGCAAAGAGUUUUUAUAUGUAUGUGGUAUCUUAUGUUUUGUCUUAGGCAAAGCAAUUUUAUUUUAAUCACUGUGAAUUCUCAAGUGCCAGACCUAGCGCAGCUCCAGUUAGUAAGUCUGGUCAAUUCUUGUCUUGUGUAACUCACUGCAUUUAAAAUCACAAACGUGUUGUAUGUGUUUCAUGUGAAAGUUGCUCUCUUUUAGAAUAAAAGAGCACAGACACCAUUGCAUGAAAUCUUCAUGAAACUCUAAUAUGGUCCUGUAAUGUAAUAGCUACAGGUCUGUGUUCUCUAGUAAAUUGUGCCAAUCCCUUCAAUUGACUGCGUGCAGAAAUAGAGAAAAUAUAGAAGGAAGGGGAAGAAAAAGAAAGGAAGGUGUGUGAAUUCAUGUGUAGGGUGAAAAUCUAGAACUCCAAAACUCUAUCCCUUUUUAUCAUUCUGAAUGAAGCAGCAUAAUUAUAUAUUCUAGUUAAGUGAUGGCAGUGGUGUUUGAGUUCUUUUAAACCUGUAUUUCUAGAGAAGUGAUAGCCAAGGCUUUGAACUGUUGUUUGACAACCGAGUAAGUCUUAAUCUGAUUGACGAGCCUAUCCGUCUGCUAAAGCUUUCGGAAACCUUGAAUCUUGUUUCUCUGUUUUAAAGGUAGCAGUUCCAGUGAAAUCUAGGAGGCAGAUUUCUAUCCAUAUUGGGCUUUCCUUAAGAACUGAGGUAUUGAGCUGACCCUGGAUCCUGAAUGCUACUCAGUGUAGCAGCUCAUCUGUGUGUAGUUGUUAAGGCAUGGCCAGUUUCAAUGCAGCAUGUGUCAAAGCAUGUUUCGAGUUGGCUUCCCUAAGAUGCAAGUGCGUGCCUGGCCUGAAGUAAAUAAGCUUUGACAUGUAAAAUCCAAAUUUGAGACACUGAUUGAAUGCAUGCCGCAAGCUGUAGAACACCUCACAGGAAAGCUGCUCUGGGAGUUAUGCACUUUUGAGGUCACAGCUGUCCAUGGCUGUUGCUGGUGGCUUACAUUUCUUGUAGCAAUGGGAAGGAAGUGCUACUGGUGCAUUGGCAUCAGACUUUCCAUGCAGAUAAACGACCAGUUUCUGCACUUCAUGUCAAAACCGAAUAAAUGACAGUGUCUGCACAGGCAUGCAACACUUGUCCAUUUCUGGAAAAAGCUUAAUUAAAAWAAUAGAACCUCUGCAUAGGUGCUGGUCAUUUCUUUUGUGCAAAAAGUCUAGAAAUUAUAGAGAGGUUCAGCUUUAGUUUACAAUUUAUAAGCUAUAUUGUUACAGAUUCAAUGUGCCUUCAUUUUGGGUUGGUUUCCACAAAUGUGAUGGAUAAAAUCAGUCUUGCAAAGCRAUUUGUCUUUAUGUCUGUGGGAUGGGACCAGAAAUUUUCCCUCAACCCUCCCCAUUUAWACUGUACAAUGGUGUGUCUGAAAUGGGGGGAUUAAUCAUACACAUUAGAACCUAGAGCUAAUUCUGUUGUAACAGAAAAGAKAAUUAAAUGCCUAAGUCUUAAACUUCCUUCUCUCUGGAAGGUAAAUAGGUUUUUAGACUUCUGUAGGAAGGUUUUCUGACUGAACACUUAAAACAUGAGUAUUUUUCAGUAUGCCACAUCUGAAUUGAGCAUGUAUUCCAUGCAACUACUGAUGUCCAAAUCUUAUUAGUUUUCUGCUUUGAGAAUUUMUAGUUCUUUCCUGCAGGCUGUUGGAUUAAGUGUUUCUCUCUUCACAURMAAAUAGCAAAGAAUUGCACAAAAAUACUGAGUCUURGGUAUUGG